UGCCCAGGUCAUCAUAUUCGUGAUUCCCCAUCAUCUUUCGAGCCAACUCGAGAAAACUCCCUCCUUCCUCUCCCAGAACACUGUCGUAGGAAACAUACCUGCACAAGCUCUCACUCUCCCUCCGCCGCAUCCUUGUUCCCAUUGCACUCUUUACAGUGCCAUCCGGCUUCGAGUUCCUCCCUCAGCGUUUGAACCGAGCUCGCCUGCCUGCCCGAUUGUCGCGAUCCUUGAGCGUGCAGCCUUGAGGGCGGGAAGUUUACUGUUCACUUUUCCUGACGUGAAUACGUGGAUUCACGGUGACAGAUAUUGGUGCUCUGCCUGAAUUCCUCGUCAAGCCGAUCAGGAAACCUCACCCCUCUAUCACCCCACACUCCACCACGCGAAAAGGAAACCAACCACCAUCUCUACCCUUGACAUAUCGUUACAGACUACAACAGCUUGCAGGGUGUCAAGAUGUCAGUUGCAACUCGUACGCCCAGUGCGGCAACCAUGCCUCCAGUUCCGAACAGAGAGGAUUUGGCAGCAACGUACGUCUUUCCCCCAUCUUGACUGAAGGUGAAUACUGACAGGCUGCAGAUGGAGGUACCUCGAAGCCGGAGUCUCAAAGAUCAUGAGUAACUUACAGGAUGGCAUGGAUAUGCAAACAUACAUGGGAGUUUACACGUAAGUUGUAUUCGCGCUGCGUUCGGAGUAAGGCUAAAAUGUGCUCAGCGCCGUCCAUAACUUCUGCACAUCACAAAAGGCCGUAAGCAACACAAACCAAGGUCUCAUCGGAGGGGCACACCGUGGAGCCCACCUUCUUGGAGAAGAUCUGUACAACAACCUAAUCACCUACCUGACGGGAUACCUCGAAGAUCUGGUGGAGAAGUCGAAAACCCAUACCGAUGAAGCUCUCCUCUCCUUCUACAUUCGCGAAUGGGACCGCUACACUACAGCUGCCAAAUAUAUCAACCAUUUGUUCCGAUACCUUAACAGACAUUGGGUGAAGCGGGAAAUGGAUGAGGGAAAGAAGAAUAUCUACGACGUCUACACACUCCAUCUUGUGCAAUGGCGGGUUACAUUAUUCCAAAAGGUUCAUGAGAAGGUUAUGGAGGCUGUGUUGAAGAUGGUUGAGAGACAACGUCACGGUGAGACAAUCGAGCACAGCCAGAUAAAGAGUAUCGUGGACUCGUUCGUUUCCCUUGGUUUGGACGAGGCCGACCCCACGAAAUCUACUCUGGACGUGUACAGAUUCAACUUUGAGAAGCCGUUCUUAGAAGCCACGAAGGUGUUCUACCAGGCGGAAUCGAAGCAGUUUGUGGCCGAAAACAGUAUCGUGGAGUAUAUGAAGAAAGCCGAGACCCGUUUGGAUGAAGAGGAGGAGCGCGUCAAUAUGUAUUUGCACCAAGACAUCAUCCUGCCACUGAAGAAGUGCUGCAAUACCGCCCUUAUUGCCGACCAUUCAGCUAUCCUGCGAGACGAAUUCCAGAUUUUGUUGGACAAUGAUCGAUAUGAUGACAUGCAGCGCAUGUACAACCUACUGAACAGAAUACCCGACGGUCUUGACCCUCUCCGGGCUAAAUUCGAGGCUCAUGUCCGAAAGGCUGGACUCGCCGCUGUUGCCAAGGUUUCUGUUGAUGCGGACAAGCUGGAGCCAAAGGUAUACGUCGACGCCCUCCUUGAGAUCCACACUCAAUAUCAAGGACUCGUCAAGCAAGCUUUCAAGGAUGAGCCCGAGUUUACCAGAUCUCUCGACAAUGCUUGCAGAGAGUUUGUCAACCGCAAUCAGGUCUGCAAAUCUGGAUCAAAUAAAUCGCCAGAAUUGCUUGCUAAGUAUGCUGAUGCCCUUUUGAAGAAGAGUGCCAGUGGAGCUGAAGAGAGCGAUCUUGAGAAUUCUUUAACGCAGAUCAUGACUGUGUUCAAGUAUAUUGAGGACAAGGACGUCUUCCAGAAGUUCUACUCCAGAAUGUUGGCCCGUCGACUCGUUCACACCAGCUCGUCAUCUGACGAUGCCGAAACUAGCAUGAUCAGCAAAUUGAAAGAGGCGUGUGGUUACGAGUACACCAACAAGCUCCAACGCAUGUUCCAGGAUAUCCAGAUCUCCAAGGAUUUGAACACUGGGUUCAAGGAGUUUGAAGGGAAGUUGCAGGAGCCCGGAGAUGCUAAGCCAGUCGAUGCCACUUACUCGAUCUUGGGUACCGGUUUCUGGCCAUUGAAUCCUCCAAAUACUGAUUUCUCGCCACCAGCAGAGAUUUCUAAGGCCUAUGAGCGCUUCCAGACUUUCUACAGCCAGAAGCACAACGGCCGAAAGCUUACCUGGCUCUGGCAAUUAUGCAAGGGAGAAGUUAAGGUUAACUACCCCAAGAACAUGAAGACCCCUUACACCUUCCAAGUUUCAACGUAUCAAAUGGCUGUCUUGCUCCUUUUCAAUGAUAGCGACAAGAAUAGCUACGACGAUAUUGUUAAAGCCACCCAACUGCAAUCCGAAGUCCUCGAUCCUUCGCUAGCGAUCUUCUUGAAGGCCAAGGUUCUGACAAUGUCACCUGAUGGGGAUAAGCCAGGCCCAGGGAAGACAUUCGCGCUUAAUUACGACUUCAAGAGCAAGAAGAUCCGUGUCAACUUGAACAUUGCAGUCAAGUCUGAGCAGAAGCAAGAGGUUGAUGAGACCCACAAGACCAUUGAAGAGGACAGAAAGCUACUCAUGCAGUCUGCCAUCGUACGCAUCAUGAAGGCCCGCAAGAAGAUGAAGCAUACCCAGCUCGUCAGCGAGUGCAUCAACCAAAUCAAGACCCGCUUCAUCCCGAAGAUCCCAGAUAUCAAGAAGUGUAUCGAUAUCUUACUGGAGAAGGAGUAUCUGGAGCGUCUCGACGACGAUGAGUUGGGUUAUCUCGCAUGAAAACGUUUCCUUUCUUGUUUUCCACAUCACUGCUACUGGUUCAUUAGACAAUGUUGCCGUGUAAUAAUCGAGGCAGCAUCAGGACUGAGGAGUUAUUAUUUGGGAGGCGUGGACCAUCCGCCAAAGGAAAGGAUAUCCCGCAAACUGGUCUCUCUUCUGCGAUUUGCAUAUGGGCGGUUGCUAUUCUUUUCAGUGCAUAUCAUGAACAUGAGCAAAGCAGUGUCCCUUUUUUCUUUAUGUCAGUCACGUCACAGCGGAGGAUGAAUGGUAGUGUGGCGUGUGAGGACAACAUGAAAAUCUUAGGGAAACUGCUCUCUCUAAUGACUUACGGCACGCGAACGAAUAAAAUAGGCAUUUGCUCUAAGGGUAGUAGCGGUAACGGAGGGGACGGCCACGGCACACAGACAGACAGACUACGAGGAAAGGGAUAGCAGGAGUUGUGCAACAUAUUACUCUUCUUUUGAUUGUUACGGUAGAUACCUUGGCCGGCACUCAGUCCACUUUCCCCCAUUCCAAUCCAGAUACCGUCACCGUCGUCUCUUUUAUUUUGUGAAGAUGGGAAUUGCACCUUAUCAAUGCAGCCCCCAGACCCGGGAUCAUAAAAAAUGCGAGAUUCAUAAAAUGAGGUCUCGCUGUUUAUUUUGCAAUGAGAGGCGUGAUUAAGGGAGAGAAGUAUGGCUUAUCUCUGUAGGAAGUACGAGUGCGAGUAUGAGUAUGAGCAUGAGCAUGAGCAUGAGCAUGAGUCCGACACUACCACGUGGAGAAUCCAAAGCAUUACAGUACAUGUAAGUAAACAAGGAAGAACCCGAAAUCCAAUUAAAUAAACGUCCGGUCUGAGCACCACCACUGUCGGACGGACUACCUCGCGAGUCGUGCGUCGCGUCGCAGUUGAAGUUUACAUACAGUACAUAAACAGAACAGAUGAAACGCUUUCCCUGUCGCAACGUGGUGUUUAGGAAGGUGGAGGUCAAGCUUAAAGCGAGAAGUCUCAUGUGAGGGAGGCUGGGAGGGACUACUGAGGUGGGGAUGGAUCAUGGAUGUGAGGAAGGUUGGGGCUGCAUAGGUACUGUAGUAGGUAGCUGGUAGGUAGGGAGGACCUCGUUGCGAACCAUGCUUUCGGAACGUUCCUGCGCAGUGGGCAAGGACCAAGUGGCUAGCUGGCUUGACUGAUUUGUUGGGGAAAGGGGAGAGGUGCAGCGGUUGUGUUGCUGUUUGAUAUCUAGGUUUAGGGACUGAUUGAGAUGUGAGGGGAUGGGGGGCUGGG